GAUAUGUUGUGAACGAACCAAGUAUAGUAAAAACGUAUGUAAAUACGUAUAGGCAGGUGUAAGGUAUGGGUAUGUUACAGUUUGAUCAGCUGGUGAUCAGAAAAUUUUAAAGCGUAUUUGAUCUGAAAUUGUAUGUAAUUUGUAAAAAUGACUGGUUUAGUCGCCUUGUGUAUGACUUGUUUCAUUCUCUAUUGUAGUUUUACUUGGGUGAUACCAAGGUUCUUGGCAUGGUUAGUAAAGAGACGAUACAAAAUUUAUCUACGUGUUGGUCACAUUUCAUUACCAUAUUUUAUAUUACGGGACGUAAAUAUUUCGAAAAAUGGCUUUACAUUGCAAGUGGAAGAGAUCAGUAUAAGAAGCAGUCUUUUUAGCAGUGAUGUCGCAAAACUUUUAGCUGUCAUUAUGAAGGAUGUCAGAAUCAAUAAAGAUGUUCCAAUAAAACCUGUACAGAUAGUAAGAAAACCAAGGAAGCCAAUGGAUUUUCAAAAUAAAAAAAUUCCACCGAUAAUUAUAACUUUUGUACAAUUUAUGGCUGUUCAUAUAGAAAAUUUAAGUCUUCUGGUUUUGGGUAAUGGUUGGCUAGCUAAUGGAAGUGCAGAGAGUCUGACUUUAGAUGGUAGUGUUGUUCAUGGAGCUCGUACUCUUCUUGCAUCUGCUGCUAUCAUAGGUGGUGCCAUGAAAUUGUUACGUCAUGCAUCAGACGCUUGUCUUUCACAGAUAUCCUUCGCUGGAACUGCCGAAGCGACUCUGAAAGCGCAAGGGGAACUUUCGGUAGAGAAAUUGUACAUCGGAAUAACGCAGACAGAGGGUUCUGGAGGAGCAGGUCUCAUUACAUUCUUCAAAGACAGAAGUUCGUUAACUAAUGCUGCAUCUUCGUAUUCAGAUGCACGUGUCGAUCCUUCUACUAAUCUCUUAGCUCGGUUAGCACCAGUUAUACCAAAGGAUUUUAUCCUGAAAGUGGGUAAUUCUUCCAUAAUUACGGGUAGAGAAGAUGGCGUAGUACUUGGUUUGGAAGGUACAAUGAAGGGUUUGCAAAUUAGCACGAAAUUCCAACCAUCUGACAUGUUAUUAAAUUUCACCUUAAAUUUGGAUGGAUUAUCAAUUCGUAGUAAACUCCCUGUUUUGACAUUACGAUCGUUAAUAGUAAAUUCAAAGAUGGAGCAAGACGUUUUACAAAUUGCUACACAGAUCAGUAAUCUUUCUAUUAUUUAUGAUCAUAAAGAUUGGGAGUCGAUAUUGUGUAAUACCGAUAAUGAAGUUUCAAGACCUGUCGAUAGUAUAACGUUAAAAAAUAAAUUACCAUGGUUAGACAUUAGAGUAAAUACUGAACUUUAUGAUUCGUCGUUAUGCAUCAAAUUAUUGGAUGUUCACGAAGCUUCGUGUGGUGUAGCACAUAUGAAAUUUUCGCUAAAUACACUUACAGAUAUAAUAGAUAGUUGGAACACAGAGUUAGUAGUGGAAUCUUUGUAUUGUACCUUAAAUGGUUCCAAUACCAUUAUUUCGGAAACAUCUCAUCGAUGGGGAACGCCUUUGUCUAUCGGAGUAUUAUUAGCUACGACCCGUACCAAUGCCAUAGGGAUUGCCGUUGAUGCUCUUGUAACUGAAUGGAGUUUGGAACUAGCUAGAUUUCUUAAAGAGGCAUACAAAUGUUGCCAAAUGUACAAUAGAAGAGCCGAAACAAUGAAAAAUACGAAAAAGUCGGAUAGCGUUGUUCAAUUAAAUCUCAAAAUUACAAAUUGUAAUUUGUUCUUUAUCGCAGAAAACAAUCUCUCUGUCAUGAUGCGUUUGGAUACUGCAAAUUUAGAGCACAAUACAAAACGAUUAGUGGUCGUAACAGAGGGUGUUAGCGCGAUCACAUUGAAUAAAAACGAACCAAUUGUCUGUCAGCACGCACAAGCAUUGGCACAUCCAUUUUUAGCUAUAAGGAAGUGCAAAAGUGCAGUUACAUCUGAAGCGAUAAAUAUUAGUUUAGAUGGUACCAGUCUAGCGUGGAGUCCAAAUUUACAUCUUCGCCUCUUACAACUUUGGUUGGAGUCUGCAGAUUUUAGAUCAAUUAUAAGUGGAGACUCAUCGACAUAUACUACUCAAGAUGAAGACACUGAUAAACAGCAAAAACGAUUAAUAGAUAUAUUGGCUACUGGUGGAAUCAGUUUAUCUAUAGAUAUUUCUCCGAAACACUUUUUAGAGCUUUCAUCGGACCAGUUACGUUGGACGCAAGGAGAAUGGAGACUUAAUUAUAUGCGUGUAACUUUAGAUAUGGCUGAUAUAAUUAUGAUCGAAGGUUUCGAAUUAAUCAGAGUAUUGAGCAGCGAAGAGGUGCGACUAGAACGACAAAGUAACGAAGGUUUUGUUUUGGAUUGGAACGAAACUUGGAUGCUCAACAUCGAAUCAAUAAAAGCUUGCUUUCCUUACGAACAUCAAUUUACUGACGCGAUUCAGAAUGAAUUAUUCAGUAUAAAAAAAUGGUUAAAAGAAAUUCAUUCAUCGUCGUCGUCGUCGUCGUCAUCGUCAUCGUCAUCGUCGUCAUCGUCGUCAUCCUUCUCUUCUUCAUCGUCAUCGUCAUCGAGUCAGGGAAAAGAAAAGCGUUUACCGUGCGAUUUAAUUAUAAAAAUUAAAGAAUGGAUAUUCGAAGUAAGCGAUGAUCCGUUUGAAGUACGUUUACGAGAUAAUUACGAAUUAUUGGAGGACGAAUAUAAAGAGAGCUUGAAAAGGCAAGCAAUGCUUGAUACUAAAGUGCAAGAACUCUGUCGAGCGCAUUUGUUACUUCCUCAAGGUAAAGUUGAGGAACUGUACGCUAGUUUAAAUAAAAAAAAUGCGGAGAUAUAUGUACAACGGUGGAAACAAAUGCAGCGCGCCGGCCCAGCUAGAACGCGUCUGUUUGCUUGGUCUAUGUCGGAUAUCGAGAUAUUGGCUUUAGUCGACCCAUCGAUCGACGGUAUGGAAAAUGCAACGAGGGCUCUUCGAGAAAUGGACGCGGAAACUCCCUGGCCAGAAGAUGGUCUUGAAUUCAGUACCUUAUGGGUAAGAGGAAUCAGUUUAAAGUGCGCCGAAUGGAAAUUACAAUUGCGGGAUUUCCCGCAACCGUUACUGUUGGUUGAAAGUUUAAGCGUUUGGGGUAGACUAGCUGGCGCAGAAGCUUUGGCACCGCCACGAGCCAGGCGAACUGUGAGAAUUGAAAUCGGUACUCCUUGGGAGGAUAUUGUCGUGGAAAGAGGCAUGACAUCUUUGAAGUAUUAUCACGAUCUGAACUGGGAUAUCGACAAGUUCAGAUAUGCGUUUGGGCCUUGUUGGGAACCAGUUAUAGCGCAAUGUAAUCUCAGUUUCGAGAAAAUCAUCCAUCCGUCACGAGAUCCGAGCCCUCCAUUACCAUUUUGGGACAAAAUGCGAUUGGCUCUCCACGGAAGAUUAACACUUUGCGUGAAGCAGUUAACAGUUUUGCUACAUGGUUCAUUGGAUCCGUACAAUACCACGGAGGAGAUGGAACUUACAUGGACAGGAUUGGAACUCGAUUGGACGCAGGGAAGAAUUAUCGUAAAAGGAGAUUUGGAUGUUUAUGUCCGUACGGCCAGCAAAUACGAUGAUUGCAGAUUACUUCAUUUACCAAAUGUACGUUUGAGCAUAAAAUUAGCGUGGGUUUGCUUAGGUGAUCCUAGAGACCAUCAUGCUGCGAUACCUUGUGCUCCGGAUAGAUUACCGGAAUAUUCGAGCAAUCAAGAGCACGACUCGUUCAGAGCGUUUCGAUCUCAAAAUUUGAAUGUCAGCCUUUCUUUGGAGACGAAGCCAACUGGAUCUCCAGCUUUAGCAAGUGCACCAACCGCCUUACUCUACGGCAGCACUCUUAGGUGGUUCGAAAAUCUAAAACUCAUUCUCUCCGGCGCAACAAGACCAACGAGAAAAGGGCCGCUUUUCAAGAAUAUCAGACCUAGGAAGAAACAGUUGAGCAGGCAUUACAGGAAAGUUCGGUUGACACUGGCUUUCCAUCAAUUCCAUGUUAGUUAUUGGAUGUCAUUCGCUAUGCAACGCGGUUUCGAAGUAACUGGUGGAAGAGUGGUAUGUAGUUGCGAACACAAUUUGUCUUUGCAUCCAAUCGAUGACGGUCUAAUACAUCGACCGAGAGCUGAAUGGUCGGUCGUGUAUAUGAAUUGCGAACUUAGUGAUGCGGAAAUUUGGUUGAAAAGCGCGCUUCACGAAGAUAAGGAGAGCGCAUCGCUCCGACAACCGGUUGAAAAGUGUUACUGUUUGAGCGUAGCUCGAGUCAGUUACGGCAGAGAGGCAAUGGUAACCGGAGUCACCGGAGGGGAUACUCCCACGCAUAGACUUGUCGUACACGAUUUGAAAGGGGCUUGGACAAAGACGAAUAGAGAUGUAGCGUUUGCACUUUUUGAUUCUUUCAUAAAAACUCAGCAGCUGAAGAAAAAUCUGUCUACCGCAGCCCUAAAAGGCUUUCACAGAGAAAGUUCAUCGACACCGCACAAAAAUCGAACAAGAUCAGUCGAGGUGCAAAACGUGGCGACACAAGUAAAUGCGUCAUCCGCCACAAAACCACAACAGGGUGAAGCUGUCGGUAUGUUGCAGAGAUUAAUAGCCGAAGCUGCAAACAAACCGGUUGCAUUCAGUGACGAUUUAUCGGUACAAACGAGAGGUCAACAAUUACGUGGACUAGCAGCUUGUCAUCAAGAUGAUGUCCUUCACAAAAAUUGGCUAAUCGCCUUAGUGAAUAGUCAGGUAUUAUUGAAAGGUAUUGAAACGCGAGGCUACGUGAUCUUGUCCGCGGCUAAAGCGGAAAUAUUGCAAAGAGUUCAUCAACCUGUGUGGAAAGAGAGAACUUUAGUAUCAAAGACAACCUGGGUCGGAUCGUUAGAAUGUAUGCAGUAUUAUGCGACUGUCAGUGCCAACAUUGACGAAAAUAUCGACGAUAAUAUAAUGUGGUUGACAUUAGACAAUAUACAAGAGAAAGAUUCAACUGUGAUAGCUGGUUUACCAGAUGUGCCGGCGCUGGUUGGUUCAGGACAGAGCGUCGGUGGUGUGGUAAGUCAAACGGUUGGCGGUGGCGGUGGCCCUCAACACCAAUUACAACGUAUCGUUUCGAGAUGUAAAUGCGAAUUCUUCUACGUUGGUUAUGGACAAGCUUUAGACGUUGGCUCUAUUGAUCAAGUUCCACCACCGCCAAGAGAAGAAGUUAGCCCAUGGGAAAGGAAAGAUCUUUCAGCAGCUGACGCGUUUACAUUGAUGCAUCACGAUUUGGAUGUUUGCACGAAUUCGUUGCAGUACGCUAUGAUUUUAGAUAUCGUUAACAAUUUGCUUCUUUACGUAGAACCGAGGAGAAAAGAAGCGUCUGAACGUUUGCAGAGAAUGCGAUUUCAAUUGCAGUUACACUCGGUUGAAGAUCAAAAACGGCCGAUUCAACAACUGCAAAAUACUGUGCGUGGUUUAGUGGCAAAAUUAAGGAGAUUGGAGCGUGAGACGUAUUUGGUGCAAAAAGCUCUUGCGGAGGAAUCUAGCCCUGAGUUAUUAGCAGAAAUGGAACGGUUAGAAGCUAGAGUUUUCGAAUGUAAGGAACAACUCGGAGCAAAAGCGGAAGAACUCGAUGUAAUGUUAAGCUGUUAUAAGGAAACAACCGCCCCAACCACAGCUUCUACCACGUUGAAAGAUAAACCGGCAGCAGUUGCUAGAGUAGCAGAAAUUUGCUUCAAACACGCUCAGUGGAGAUUAACGGAUGCAGAUGGUCAAUUAGGAAUCGCCGAUCUUAUAUUAACCAAUUUCUUGUACACCAAAACUAGCAAAACCGACGAUUCGGUUGAACAUCUCCUUGAAUUAGGAUAUGUUAGAAUGACAAAUUUAUUGCCGAAUCAAAUCUACACGGAGGUAUUGACACCCACUGAACUGCAAAGUAAUAUGCCUGUUGAUAGGCAACGAGCUCUUCGCGUUUUCUGUAGAGAAAAAGCACCGGUUGCUGGAAUAUCCGUCAAAGAACAUUUCGAAAUCAAUGUAGUUCCACUAACGAUAGGAUUAACGAAAAAGUUUUUCAAUACGAUGCUCAAAUUCUGUUUUCCUGAGAGAGAUCCGGAAGGAAUAGAGGAGCCACCUGCACCGCAACGAGAUUCCUCCUUUUAUGUGCCAAUCGAAAGAAGGGAUGACGUGGAAAAAAUGAAAGAACGAGCAGAUAAAAAUAAACUAUUUAUAUAUAUCAAAAUACCUGAAGUACCCGUUCGUGUCUCUUAUAAGGGAAAUAAAGAGAAAAAUUUGGAAGAUGUUCGGGAUUUUGCUCUGGUAAUACCUACGUUAGAAUAUCAUAAUGUUACUUGGACAUGGCUCGACCUUCUUUUGGCUAUGAAAAGCGAUUCUAGACGUGUAAUAUUAAGUCAAGCUAUUAAGCAGAAAUUACAAAUAAAGCCAAGAGGUCCACAGGAAGAAUCCGCUCCGCAAGAAGAAGAUAAAGCCCGACUUUUAUUAGGUGCCAGACAUCUACCGGGUGAUGUGAGGAAGAAAAGUGUUUUCAAAUUUAAGUAACAUUUUAGAUUUGUAACUCGAUGAAUUUUUCAUUUAUACAAAUAUACAUAGGAUUGCAAUAUUUAUUCUAAUGGAAUAUUUAAUAAGAAAGUUGUUAGUGCAUUGACAAGUAUUUUUAUUAAAGCCAAGCAAUAUUUGUACGGUUUUUUAACCACUUACACAACUCUAUAUGGUUUAUUAUUUGUUCAAUUAUUAACUGAUAUUGAACAUUUUCAUAUACGUUCAUUACUCAAAUUCGAGUAAUGGUAACGGCAUUCUGUUUUACUUACAAUUCCUUGUACAAUUUUGAUAAAAUUAUUCUUAAGUAGUUAAAGUACCGUAAAUGCGCCGGGAUUAAAACGUUAGUCUUCGUAAAUAGUUGCUUUUCUUUAAUUGAUGUUGUUUUUACUGGUCCGAAAUUAUUGUUUCAAUUAUACAUUUUAAUUAUUUUGAUUUGUUUGAAAUUUCACAAUGAAGCGUCGGUAUGUGAAUGAAUUUUAUAUGUAAUUUAACUUAAAUUGAGAAUGAUGUACGAUUGUAUUGUACGGUCACUUUCUAUUGUU